GGACGGCUCAGGGCUGCAUUUUACUAGUCUCCUCCAAGCCCUAACCCUACACCCCGACCUCCCCAUCCCCACUCUUCAGCUGCCACGCAAGCUCUCUCGGGACCCCAGGGAACCGGGAGACUGAGUGUUAACUGUCUUCUUGCCGUGUCAGCGUCAUCUGCCCCAGCGAGGACCAACGUGCUCAGCCUGUUUAGGUGGGCCUCCCCUGCAGCGUCAGUCACUUCAUCAUGGCACCCUCCCAGUGUGCCACCUCGGAUAUACACCGUAAUUGAAAAAAAAUGAUGGAAGAGAGUGGAAUAGAGACAACACCACCUGGAACUCCUCCACCGAAUCCCGUGGGACUGGCUGCUGCUGCCAUGUCUUCCACCCCAGUUCCUUUGGCUGCAACCAGUUCUUUUCCUUCUCCAAAUGUAUCCUCUAUGGAGUCUUUGCCUCCACACACCUAUUCCACUCCUCAGCCUUCCCCGCUACCUUUGGUGUCUCCUUCACCCGCUCCUUCUGCUCCGCCACUUGCUACUUCGCUACCCCCUCCCGUUUCCUCGUCAGCUGCCUUCGGUAACCCUCCUCUGUCCCACUUCCCACCUUCCACUUCUGCCCCAAGUGCUCUCAUGUCUGCACCCUCUUCGGGUCCUCCUAUAUCAGGAUUUUCUGUCGGUUCAACUUACGACAUUACAAGGGGACACGCAGGGAGAGCUCCCCAGACGCCUCUGAUGCCAUCAUUUUCUGCACCGCCAGUAACAGGUAUUUUGCCAACCCCCAUUACUCAGCAAGCCAGUUUGACGUCUGUGGCACAAGGAGCUGGAACCACAUCUGCCAUUACGUUCCCAGAAGAGCAGGAAGACCCGAGAAUUAGCAGAGGUCAGGAUGAAGCAUCAGCUGGCGGACUCUGGGGUUUUAUUAAGGGAGUGGCAGGGAACCCCGUGGUGAAGUCUGUGCUCGACAAGACGAAGCAUUCGGUGGAGAGCAUGAUCACCACGCUGGACCCCGGCAUGGCCCCGUAUAUCAAAUCUGGAGGGGAACUGGACAUUGUAGUGACCUCAAAUAAAGAAGUGAAAGUUGCUGCCGUGCGAGAUGCCUUCCAGGAGGUCUUCGGCUUAGCCGUGGUUGUAGGGGAAGCCGGGCAGUCCAACAUUGCCCCGCAGCCAGUGGGCUACGCCGCUGGAUUAAAAGGUGCCCAGGAACGGAUAGAUAGCUUACGUCGAAAUGGAGUGAUCCAUGAAAAGCAGACAGCCGUGUCGGUGGAAAACUUCAUUGCAGAAUUGCUACCUGAUAAGUGGUUUGACAUCGGGUGUUUGGUGGUUGAAGACCCUGUCCAUGGCAUUCAUCUCGAGACGUUCACACAAGCCACGCCGGUGCCUUUGGAAUCUGUGCAGCAGGCUCAAAGUCUCACUCCCCAGGACUACAAUCUUAGAUGGUCAGGCCUUUUGGUCACAGUGGGUGAAGUCCUGGAAAAGAGCUUACUAAAUGUCAGCCGGACUGAUUGGCACGCGGCUUUUACUGGCAUGUCCCGCCGACAGAUGAUCUACAGCGCGGCCAAAGCCAUCGCAGGCAUGUAUAAACAGCGCCUGCCGCCGAGGACCAUGUGAGGAGGCCGGGGCUUUGCCUCACUCUUAGCUUGAUGUUGAAGAAGAGAUUGUACCUUCAUGAAUUGAGUAAUUAUGAUGAAUCCAGCAGUUUUUAUAGUUUUUCUGUGAGCUGCAAUUUUUCUUUGUCCAGGAAGACUUGAUGUCAUUUCAGUAGAUGCAAAGAAAAAAAA